AUGAACCCAAAGAAAUGCGCAUUCGGAGUCUCAUCUGGCAAGUUCCUGGGCUUUCAGGUACACCUGCGUGGUAUAGAUGUGGAUUCUGAGAAAACCAAAGCCAUAUGCUCUCUUGCACCACCUAAGAAUCCAAAGGAGUUGAAAAGUUUUAUGGGAAGAUUGUCAUACAUUCGGCGUUUUAUUCCAGGCCUUGCUGCCAUGAUAAGUGUUUUCACUCCUCUACUCAAAAAGGGGAAGCCAUAUGUAUGGAGACAGGAAUGCCAAAAAGCUUACCAACAUGUACAACAACUGAUCACCAAGCUAUCCACAAUGAGGGCACCUAUUCCGGGACUUUCACUCAAGCUUUACUUAGCUGCGACGAAUGCUGCGGUUGGAGCUUUGCUUGCCCAGGAUAGCCAUAACGGGGAGGAAAGUCCCAUUUAUUAUGUAAGCCGACGACUAAGAGGAGCUAAAGCAAGGUACCCAAAAACGAAACUUUUAUGCCUUGCUCUUGUCUAUGCUGCGUAG